AAACGGUUUACAGCACGACUUCCUUUUUUUCUGUCACUUCCUUCCAGAUUGCAAAAUCUUCCUUACUUUUUGUUGUUGCUGUUGAUAAAUUUGCUUACAUUUUACCUCCAUGCCGACGGCUGUCAGUGCCGCUGUGGCUCAGAAGGCUGAGGAUGGACCAGUUCCCCGUCAGCAUGCUAGCACGACUGCUGAAACAGGUGGAAGCCCAGGAGGGAUUUAUUCUGCUAUUCUCAGUCGCAACCAGCCCAUCAUUGGAGUGAAAGAGAAGACUUUUCAUGAGCUCCACAAGAAAUGUCUUGAAAAGAAGAUUCUGUAUGAGGAUCCAGAUUUCCCAGCUAAUGAUACUUCCCUCUUCUACAAUCAAAAGCUCCCUGUUAAAUUUGAGUGGAAGAGACCGCCAGAAAUCUGUGAGAAUCCACGCUUCAUCAUUGGUGGAGCCAACAGGACUGACAUUUGUCAAGGAGAACUAGGUGAUUGUUGGUUCUUGGCUGCCAUUGCUUGUCUGACCCUGAAUGAAAGGUUGCUGUUCCGGGUCAUACCCCAGGACCAGACCUUCAUAAAAGAUUAUGCUGGGAUUUUUCACUUCCAGUUUUGGCGUUAUGGAAGUUGGGUGGAAGUUGUCAUUGAUGAUCGCUUACCAACAUAUGGUAAACAACUGGUAUUUACCAAAUCCUCCCAGCAAAAUGAAUUUUGGAGUGCUUUGCUGGAAAAGGCCUAUGCAAAACUUCAUGGGUCCUAUGAGGCUCUGAAAGGAGGCAACACCACAGAGGCCAUGGAAGAUUUCACUGGAGGAGUGACAGAAUUCUAUGAGAUAAAGGAUGCACCUAAAGAUAUGUACAAAAUCAUGAAGCAUGCCAUUGAGAGGGGAUCACUCAUGGCCUGCUCUAUUGAGGACAGCAUGGGACUUAUUUAUGGAAGCGCUCCUCAAACUGAUAUUGGGUUGUUAAUUGCCCGAAUGAUGCAUAAUAUGAAUGAUCCACUCCUGAAUGAUUCAUCCCAAUGUACAAAUGAUGGGGCAACUCGGACAAUUGUUCCAAUGCUGUUUGAGACGCGCUUGGCUAAUGGACUUGUCAAAGGUCAUGCCUAUUCAGUGACAGCAGUGGAUGAGACAACUUUUAAAGGAAAAAAGAUAAACCUGGUGCGGUUAAGAAAUCCUUGGGGGCAAGUAGAAUGGAAUGGAGCUUGGAGUGACAAUUCUAAAGAGUGGGGCCUGAUUGACAAAUCGGAGAAGAUUCGUUUGCAACAUAAAAUUGCAGAAGAUGGGGAGUUUUGGAUAUCAUUUGAAGAUUUUAUGAGGUAUUUCACGAAGCUUGAGAUGUGUAAUCACACACCUGAUACUCUGGAAGCUGAUAAACUUCAAACAUGGACAGUUUCGGUUACGGAAGGGAGGUGGGUGCGAGGAUGCACUGCAGGUGGUUGCCGUAACUAUCCAGACACAUUUUGGACAAAUCCUCAGUAUCGCUUGAGACUCCUGGAAGAAGAUGAUGACCCAGAAGAUGAUGAAGUUGUGUGUAGUUUUCUAGUUGCUCUGAUGCAGAAAAACAGAAGGAAAGAACGCAAGCUAGGCGCUAACCUUCUCACUAUUGGCUUUGCCAUCUAUGAGGUGCCCAAAGAGAUGCAAGGUGACAAGAAGCAUUUACAGAAGGAUUUUUUCCUCUACAAUGCCUCCAAAGUCAAGUGCAAGACAUAUAUAAACAUGCGAGAAGUUGCUGAACGCUUCCGGCUGCCUCCAAACGAGUACGUCAUCAUCCCGUCCACAUAUGAACCUCACCAAGAGGGGGAGUUCAUCCUCAGAGUUUUCUCAGAAAAAAGAAGUCUUUCAGAGGAAGUUGAAAGCGAGAUUGAAGCAGGACACCUUUCUCCAAUCAUCUUUGUCUCAGACAGAGCAAAUAAAAAUAAGGAUCUGAAAGGUGGCGAGGGACAUAAAAAGGACAAGGAAAAAGCAAGCACAGACUCAAAAAAGAAAAGCGAUGAGCCCACUCCAGAUUCUGCUAAGGACAGUGAGGAAGACAGACAGUUCCAAAAUAUUUUCCAGCAGAUUGCAGGAGAUGACAUGGAGAUUAAUGCUGAUGAACUGAGAAAUGUCCUCAACAAUGUUCUGAAAAAACACAAGGACCUGAAGACGGAAGGGUUUGCAUUAGAGGCCUGCCGCAGCAUGAUUGCCUUAAUGGAUACAGAUGGUUCUGGGAAGAUAAAUCUUGAUGAGUUUCGACAUCUUUGGGACAAGAUUAAAAGCUGGCAGAAAAUUUUCAAACAUUAUGACACGGAUCAUUCAGGAACGAUUAACAGCUAUGAGAUGCGCAAUGCUGUUAAAGAUGCAGGGUUUCAGCUGAAUAACCAGCUAUAUGACAUCAUUACUAUGCGCUAUGCUGACAGAAAUAUGAACAUUCAGUUUGACAGUUUUAUCUGUUGCUUUGUGCGACUAGAGGGAAUGUUCCGUGCAUUUCAGGCAUUUGAUAAAGAUGGAGAUGGAAUUAUUAAACUGAAUGUCUUAGAGUGGCUACAGCUCACCAUGUAUGCAUAAAACCUCACAUAUCUUCCCCUUCCCCACCAACUGCAUGCUGAUUUUGCCUGCUAGCCAACAUUCAUUUGCACAACUGGUGCAUCUGAAAGCUACAUGGGAAGGCAAGUGCAACUUGACAGCAGUUUUAGACACAAGCAACAUCUU